AUGAAUAUUUUAUGUUCAAUAGAACUGGUGCAGUGUCUUCUCCUGGAUAGAGCUUGCAUCCAUCCACCUACAGCCAAUGAAACCAACAGCAAUCUUACAACCAUGACAUUAGACGUCAUUUUCAGCAGCAAUACACUAGACUUAAGCAGAGAGUUGCAAUUACAGAAGCACAGCUCCGGCAAGAUACUUUGUUUCCAGUGGCAGUAUAGAGAAUUGUUGGGGACCUGUUACGCUAAGCUUGCUACAAAGUGUGAUAUUUUAGUAGAAAACUACCUGCCAGGAAAACUUGACAAGCUGAAUUUAGGAUAUGAUCAGCUCAAAGCAUCUGUGCCCUCCUUGAUAUAUUGCUCCAUAACAGGAUAUGGACCUGGGGGACCUUACGAUCAGAGGCCUGGAUAUGAUGUCAUGGUGUCAGGUGUUGGUGGACUGAUGUAUAUAACGGGCCCUGAGGUACCUCAUCUAAAUGCUCUUGAUCAUGUGAUUUUCAUGCUUCAUAUGUUAUUUGAAACUGAAUUGCCUUUAGACACUGUACUUGAACCUGAAAAAUACGAGGGACGUACGUCUUUAUUCUCAGUGUACUGUACGCGUAGGUCAUCUGUUGUUCCUUAGGCUUUUAAAACUCAAGAUGGAUACGUCUUGGUUGGUGCUGGGAAUGAUGGCUUGUUUAGAAAACUUUGUAAAUUAUUACGUUUAGAUCAUUUGGCCGAUGACCCGUUAUACUCUUCAAAUGCGGCGCGAGUUAAAAAUCGCAAGGAAUUACUUGCUAUCCUAGAAAAAAGUUUUCAACAGAGAACCACAAAGGACUGGACCGAGGCGUUUGAUGAUUCCGGCAUCCCUUGCGGUCCAAUUAACAACAUAAAGCAAGUUUUCGACGAUCCGCAGGUAAAAUACAAAGAAAUGGUUCAGGAGUUGGAACACCCCACAGCAGGAAGGAUACGAGUACCAGGGCCCGCUGUGGAAUAUGACGGCCAAACAUGUCAAGGCGUGCCCAGUGCCCCUCCUAUGUUAGGUCAACAUACAACAGAAAUUCUAACAGAUAUGUUACAAUACAGUGACAAGGAAAUUUAUAAUCUUGAGCGAGAUGGAGUCAUAGAAUCUUACACAAAAAAUUAAUUUGAAUAAGCUAGAGCUACAUAAAGGUUGUAAAACAGUUUUAAUAAAUUAGACACGUGCUGUGUCACUACAUUA